AUGCCUCAAGUAGAGUGGAACGGAGUGAUCUGCUCGGACGAGGAGGCCGAGUUCAUGUCACAGCUUCUAGGGAACUUCACUCUCCCGAAUGAGUUCCCGGCCACUUUUCCGGCUAGCCGGGGAAUUGAUGAGGCGACAAUGUGUUCAUUAUCACAAGGGAGUAGUAGUGGUUUUAGUAGUGGCUUUGAUCACUUCCCCUUCUCCAAUCUCUCUCCACACACACCUACUUCUCUCCCUAACAACAAUUUGAUCACAUUAAUGGAUUACUGCACCAAUGAUUACUUGAACCGGGACGCCAGCAACGACAGUUCACAGUCGUCUGAACACGAACAAACGAUGAAGGUGGAGGAGAAGAUUAGCCACUCCAAGAAAAGGUCUCGUGUUCCUUGUCAAAUUCCAAGGAGCAACAAGAGCAUGAAAUGCAGCAAUGAUGAUAACCCUAACAUUAUCAGCAAUGCAGUGGUUUGUAGAAAGCAGCAGUCCUCGAGCAGCUGCUGCUCGAAAGAGGAGUCGAAUGAGGUCAUUGGGACGACUUCUUGCUCCGGUUCCAAGGGCGGGCGGGCUCCCAAUCCCAGUGGCAAAACACGUGCCAAUAGGGGUUCGGCUACCGAUCCACAGAGCCUCUAUGCAAGGAAAAGAAGAGAGAGAAUCAACGAGAGGCUCAGAAUCUUGCAAACCCUAGUCCCCAAUGGAACAAAAGUUGACAUUAGCACGAUGCUGGAAGAGGCUGUCGAGUACGUGAAGUUCUUGCAACUCCAGAUUAAGCUGUUGAGCUCCGAUGAUCAAUGGAUGUAUGCUCCGAUUGCCUACAAUGGCAUGGACAUUGGACUAAAUUUGAGACAACAAUCUUCGUGA